UGAAGAAGAUAAAAAAGAAAAAGAUAAAUUAGUUGAAGAAGAAAAAGAAGAAGAAGAUGAAAUUUUAGUUGAUCCUCUUUUAAUCGUUGAAGAACAAAAUCAUCCAGAUACACCAAGUAAAUUAAAUUUAUUUCUUUUAACAGCAAAUAUUAAUUUACAAGAUGAAAUAAUUGAUCAACAAGCCAAAGAAGCAAUUGAAUAUGAAAAAUUAAAAUACAAUCAUCCACCUCCAUAUGUAUUGCCACAAAAAAAAGUAUUAAAAAUGCUUUUAAAUGCUAAAAAAGCAUCAAAAUCAAUAUCAUCAUUGGUAUCAUGUUUUUCAAUUGAUUCAAAACUAGCAAUUAAAACAUAUUUAACACAAUAUAAUAAUGACAUUAAUGCAAUAAUAACAAAUGAUAAUAUAACAUCAACAAAGCUAAUUAAAUUACCAAAAAAAAAAUAUUUAAUAUCACGUAUAUCACCAAUUGGUUUUACUCCACUUCGUGCAAUUAAUGAUAUAUUUAUUCAUGAUGAAAAUGAUGAUAUUAUUAAUAUGAAAAAAUGUCAAGAUAAAAAUUUAAUAAUUCAAAAUGAAAAUCUUUGUUUUUCUAAUGAAUUAACAAAAUUUACAAAUGAUAAUAAUAUUAAACCAUUGAUUAUUCCAAUUGGUCCAAUUAUUAAAACUCCAAUAUCAGUUAAAAUUGCAAAACCAUGUAUGAAAAAUAAUAAAAAACGUCAAUGUAAACUUUCAGCUGAUGAAAGAGACAAUUUAAAGUUGGAUAAAAUUGUUUGUUAUACUGAGGAUAUACUAUUUAACAUGCUUUUUCCAAUGAAAUCAAUAAACAAUGAGAAUGAACAAUUUAAAAUUGUAGAAAAUAACAGAGAUAUAGAAACAGCUAAUGAUGGUAAAAAAAAUUCAUCAAUAUCAAUGAAUGCCAAUAGAUCAUCAGAUGAAUAUAUUGAUACACAAUCAUUGAUAGAAAAUGAAGAUUUUAUAUCAACAAACAAUGAUAGUAUAUUUAUAAUAUCAGCAAAUAUGAAACUUGAAAAUCGUAAUAAUAAAGAAGAACAUCAUCAUAAAGCUUGUUAUUAUGCAGCAAUACUUUGUAUACUUGCUAAAACAGUUAAAAAUAUUCAUGAAUUUUAUGGAAGUUUGUUGGAUCAAUUGAUAAUUUUGGCAAGUAAAUAUUAUAAUAAAACUGGUUUAUUACGUUAUAAACAAGUACGUAAUUUUCGUAAUAUAAAUAUAUUAAAUAUAAAAUUUAAUAUUAUUGUUAAACAAAUAAUAUAUGCUGAUCCAGAAAAUUAUGAAAAUGAUUUAUUAACAAAUAAAAUUAAAGAAUAUUUAUCAAAAUAUCCAAGUGGUAUAUUAAUAUUUGAUAAUGCAUCAUAUGCAUUUUGGUUUUCAAAUGGAUGUUAUUAUAUAUUUGAUCCAUAUCCAUGUGAUGAUGAAGGUCAUGCCAGUGACACUGGUACUGGUUGUGUAUUAAAAUAUUGUAAGCUUGAUGAUAUGAUUGAUAAAAUAAGUAAUUACAGUGGUGUUGAUGUGACAAAACCAUACAGAAUACAUAACUUAUCAAUUGGUCAUAUUGAAAUGAUUAAUCAUGAUGAUAAUAAAAAAACUAAAUUUACUCUAAAAGAAAAUAAUAAAUCAGAUGAUGAAAAUGCAUAUGAAAAAGAAGAUUAUCAUGAUGUUGUUGAUGCUGAUAAUGAUGAUGAUGAUGAUAAGAGUGAAGAUGACAACGAAGAAGAACAAGAAAUUUUAAAAUCAAAAAGUCAAGAAUCAUUGAUUGAAUUAACAUCAUGGCUUGAUGAAGUUAAUAAAAAUAAAAAAUCAAAUACUAAUUUAACACCAAAACCAGCUUAUGUUGCUUUAAAUAAUUUACAUGCAUCUGUAUUAGAAGUUACAGUUGUUGAAGAUGACAUAACACAAGCAAUAUUAACACCAUUUAAAUUAUCAAAAGAUAAAAAUAUAACAAAUGAAUAUAUAAGAAAAAAACCAUACAUAAGAAAGUUUAAUAAACAAUCAAUAAUAUUAUUACCAAUUGAUUUAUGUAUUAUAUCAUGGUCUUGUAUUAUUGAUCCAUCAAAAUGGAGUGAAAAUAUAAUUAAAGCAAUUUAUGAAACAAGUAAAGACAUUUCAUUUGAUUGUUUAUUAUCAUCUGAAGAUUUUACUGUUGAUAAUAUGAUUGAUGGUAUGUUAACUGAAUUUGAAAUUGGUAAUUAUAAUUUUAAAACUGUAUUUGCACCAUUACAUAUUGGUAAAUUAUAUUCACAUCAAGGAUGGAAUUUAUCAAUGUCAUUAAAAAAAAUAUUUGAUAAUUCAAUUUAUACUGGUGCUAUUAUAUUUUGUGGUACUUCACAUAUUGGUGUUAUGAAAAAGCUCAAUAAAUUAUAUGCAUGGUGGUGUAUUGAUGAUACUAAAAAUAUAAAAAUAAUAAUGUCUGAUAAUAUGGAAGAUUAUUUAAAAAUAAUAAUACAAAAAAUUAAUAUAACAGAAGAAAUUGAAUUUAAAAUAAGAAUAAUAACAGUGUCAUAUGCUAAAAUUUUAGAUCCAAAUUGUAGUGAUAUUGGUGGUUUACAUGAUGAAAUAAUGCCAUCAUCAUCAUUACCACAAAUUCAUCAAAAUAAUAAUGGUCCAUAUGAUUUACAUGCAAUAUUUAAACCAACGAUACCUGGUUUAAAGCCAAUUUUUGUCUUUGGAACUGUUGCACUGGAUUCAUUUGAUAUUAUCAAUGAGCCAAAUGUAAAACGUUGUUAUUUUGUUGGCAUAUUAUCGGUGAUGAUGAAGAGAGAUAUUAUACAAAGUCCAAUGCCAAGUAUCAUUGAUAAAAUAAUAAAACUAUCUGAAGAUUUAUAUCGACAAUUUAACCAACCAAAAUAUCAUACUGAACACAUCAUUCACAAUGUCAAUUUGAUGAAUAGAAUAUUUGAAUUUCGUGAUGUUGCAUCGAGUCUUAAUGUUUUACAUAAUAAUCAUGAAAAAAAUAAUUUUUUUUCUACUGUUAAAAAAGAGUUAAAAAAAUAUUUUAAUAAACACAAUGAUGGUGUUAUACAUUUUUCAAAUUGUUGCUAUGGUUUUUGGUAUUCACAGUCGACAAAUUGUUAUUAUUAUUUGGAUCCUUAUAGAUGUAAUGCUAAAGGAAAGAGACAACUAAAUAAUAUUGGUAAUAGUUGUUUAAAAAUAUUUUCUACGUUAUGUCAAAUGAUUGAAUCAAUGAGCAAAAAUAAAAUAAAUAAUACAACUGGUUUUUUUAUUCAUCAAAUUCAUAUUGAAUCAAUAAAUGCAUUGACUGAUAAAAAUUUUAAAGAAGAUUUUAUGUGGAUUUAUCUUGAUUAUCAUUGGAGUUUUAGUCAUCAAAAAUUACCAUCUGUUUUGGAUAAAAAACUAGAUAAUAAAACUAAUAAAAAACGUAAAAAAAAUGAUAAUAUUUGUAAAAAUUUAAAUGAUGAUAAUGAUCAAAAUAAAAAUAUAUUAUAUUGGAAUAAUUAUGUUAUUGAAAUUCCACAAUUGAUAUAUUCACUUUGGGGAACAAUUGGAACUUAUGAUGAACGUUUUGCAAAUCGUAUUGGUAAAAAUAAAAUGGCAAUUUGUAUAUCAAUAAUUGCAAUGCAAAAUUUAUGUCAUCCAUCAAAAUGGACAUCAGCAAUAUUAGAUUCAGCUGUUAUUUGUGGUGAUUGUUAUUACAUUGAAAGUAUAAAAAAUAAACGAAAUAAUUUAAUGGAUAAUGAUGGCUUUAAUUUACAGUCAUGUUUUAAAAUAUAUCCUCACAUUUGGAAAAUUAAAUAUUUACCAAAAAAAUGUGGUGUACUUUAUGAUAAUAAUGAUAAAUUAUCAUUAGCUGUAACUUUAAAGCUAGCACUUGAAGAAUCAAAUAAUAUAUUGUUAAAUUGUGAUAAUAUAACAAUUGGUAUUAUUAAAUGUGAAGAUGGUUAUUAUGCUGUUGAUCCAUGUUGGACUGGUCCACCAUUAUUUAUAAGAAAUCAUGGAGCUGUUUAUGUAUUAAGAUGUAGAAAUAUAAGUGCAUUAAUUUAUGCAUUAAUUAAAAUGAUUAAUACAAAUUUACGUCUUGAAUUUAAUAUAACACCAAUUAUAUUUGAAUAUAAAAAAGAAAUUUGUAAAUCAUCAAAUGUUAAAACAAUGAAAAAAAAAAUAUUUAUGGAACCAUUAGAUACAAAACCUGGUUUUACUCGUGGACCAUGUACUCCAGUGCCUGGUUCAAUUACUGCUGGAAAUCAAGAUAUCUAUUCAGAGUACAAAAAUAAUAUUAAACUUGGAAUGGAACAUGGUAGUGAACUAGAAAAUCCAAUUAUUCCAUCACCAAUUCCACAUCUCAGUGAUGAAAGAACCAAGAAUUUUAUGAUUAGCACAAAAUGGCAUAAAUAUUCUGGUCAAAAUCAACCACGAAAAUCAUCAUCUCCCAUUGAUGACAUCAAUAUCUAUGAUAAUCCUAAAAUGACAUCUUCAUCACCUUCAUUUCUUGAUGUUUGUGAUGACUAUCCAAAGACAAUUGAUUUCAUUGACGAUAAAUUAAUUAAAUCAAAAAUUAAGCAGCAAAAAAAUAAAACAUCUCUUUCGAUUCCUUUGGAUUGUCUUCCACCAAAGAAAUUUAUAUUAAAAGAAAAUAAAAAAGAAUAUAAAAAAACAAUUGCUGAAAUGUCAGAUGAUGUUUAUAAAAAUUAUCAACAUCAGUCAAAAGUUGAGAAGAAAACUGAUGAACAAUUAGAUGAAGAUCUUGAUGAAAAAUUAGUUGAAGAUGUUGAUAAGUCACCUUGAAUAAAUGAUAAAUAAAUAAACAAAAAA